AUGUACUCGGUUAAGGCGGGAUACAACUUAGCUCUUGAGCAGAAAAUGAGAAUGGAGGCUUCUUCUUCUUCCUCUUCUUGUGGGGAACUGUGGAAGUGGAUUUGGAAUUUGGAGGUGAUACCGAAGGUUAAGUUAUUCAUGUGGAAAUGUCUUGCUAAUGCGAUUCCUAUAGCCAUGGGUCUUCGUAGCCGGAAUUUAGAUGUUGAUGUUGGGUGCCGUAGAUGUGGUCUUCAUGAGGAAUCUUUAGAGCAUGUUCUUAGGGAGUGUGAUUGGGCAGCUACUUUGUGGUCGGUCUCGCCGUUACGUCUCCCACCAUUACCCGGAGAGUGUUCGAUUGCUGAUUGGUUUGAGAAGAUUCGAAGCUUUCCUUCAAGACAGACCCAUGCUCUCUUUGCAACGCUUGCAUGGUCCAUCCGGUACUCGAGAAAUAUGUUUUUCUUCCAACAAAAAGUGAUCUCCCAUUUUGAGUGUUUGACGAUGGCGUUUAGGGCAAUGUGGUCGCCUCCAAAUCGUGCGAGCAAUCAACAAUCUCAGGCCCUUACUGUUGUUUGUGACAGGGAUGGACAGAGGAAGGUCUCGUGUGAUGUGGCUUGGAACGGAGGUUCUGGGAUUGGGAUUGGGGUGGUUAUGUCGGAGGGUGGAGGUGAGGUGGUGAGUUGCAGAUUUGGCUUUAUUCAGGGGAAGUUUUCUGUUCUUGAAGGCGAAGCCUUGGCCGUUCUUGAAGGUCUGAAUCUGUGCCGAGAAAGAGGAGUUGAAGAUGCCAUAAUUGAGACUGAUAGCCAAUCUCUCUACUGGAUGCUGCUCAAGAGAGAAGAAGACUUAUCCUAUCUGGGUAAUAUGUUGCAAGCUAUAACGCGGAAGAUGGACUCUCUAACCCAUGCUUCUCUCAGUUGGACGCCUCGUGAAGGAAACGCUAUUGUCGAUAAGUUAACCUCUUUUGCUUUGGAUAAUUUUGCACCUUUGUCGACUAGUUUGAUGCUUCCUGUUGCUGUAAACAUUCUUUCUUCUUAA